UUCUGUAGCUGUUUUAGUUGUGUAGUUGUUGUAGUUGUUGUAGUUGUUGUAGUUGCUGUAGUUGUUGUAGUUCCUGUAGUUGUGUAGUUAUUGUAGUUGCUGUAGUUGUGAAGUUGCUGUAGUUGUGUAGUUAUUGUAGUUGUUGUAGUUGCUGUAGUUGUGUAGUUAUUGUAGUUGUUGUAGUUGCUGUAGUUGUGUAGUUAUUGUAGUUGUUGUAGUUGCUGUAGUUGUGUAGUUCCUGUAGUUGUGUAGUUUCUGUAGUUGUUGUAGUUGCUGUAGUUGUGUAGUUAUUGUAGUUGUUGUAGUUGCUGUAGUUGUGUAGUUCCUGUAGUUGUUGUAGUUUCUGUAGUUGUUGUAGUUCCUGUAGUUGUGUAGUUAUUGUAGUUCUUGUAGUUACUGUAAUUGUUGUAGUUGCUGUAGUUGUGUAGUUAUUGUAGUUGUUGUAGUUGCUGUAGUUGUGUAGUUCCUGUAGUUGUGUAGUUCCUGUAGUUGUGUAGUUAUUGUAGUUGUUGUAGUUGCUGUAGUUGUUGUAGUAGCUGUAGUUCCUGUAGUUGUUGUAGUUGCUGUAGUUGCUUUAGUUGUUGUAGUCAUACUUUCAUGA